AUGACGUCUGAAAACCACACCAUGAAAAAGCUGUGGUUGUUUUUCUUUCUUUUGUUCUUUUUCUGGUACUUGUUGCUUUACGGCUUCGACUGGUCUUCCCUCCCUGGACUCUCGUCCGUCUCACAAGAAAAUCCAGGAAUAUCACACAACGACAUCCUCAUCAGCUCCAGCAAUUCAUCCAAACUCAUUUCAGAUGUCCAUGUCAACCCAAACGAGCCACCAUGUAACGAGACAACAGAUAUUGAAACGGUGAUGGGUGAUCUGGAGAAAGAAGUGGAGGCCUUACUACCAAAACACGAAGAAGAACAAGAAAAAGAAGAAGAUAAAGAAAAGAAAACAAGAAGUGGAUGCGAGGGGAGAUACAUCUACAUCCAGAACCUCCCCUCGCGGUUCAACUCUGACUACAUCAACAACUGCAAACUCCUCAACAAAUGGCACGACAUGUGCCCCUACUUUAACAACGGCGGCCUAGGACAGAGACUCUCCUCCUCGUGCUGGUACGUCACCCACCAAUUCUCCCUAGACGUCAUAUUCCACAGCCGCAUGCAGCGUUACGACUGCCUCACCAACGACUCAUCCAAGGCCGCCGCCAUCUACGUGCCCUACUACCCGGGCCUCGACGUCUCCCGCUUCCUCUGGGACACUUACAACGCCUCCCCGUCGGGGGACUCCUUCACCAGGAGGUCCACUUUCGACUCCAUACUCGCGGGUUGCAUCCCAGUCUUCUUCUCUCCCGCUUCUGCGUACGUUCAGUACUUGUGGCACUUGCCUUCCGAUUUUGGGUCCUACUCGGUGCUCAUACCGGAGGGGGACGUCAAGACCCACAAGGUAGUUAGCAUCGAUAGGGUGUUGUCCCGCAUACCGACCUCGAGGGUGGCGGCCAUGAGGGAGAAGGUGAUAAAGUUGAUACCAAACGUGAUCUAUGUGGACCACAGGUCGAGGCUGGAGAAAACCAAGGAUGCCUUUGAUCUGGCGAUAAGAGGAAUGGUCCAGAGAGUUGAUGCGUUAAGGAGGGAGAUGAAGGAGGGGAGGAAUUCAAGCGCUGAAUUUGAUCCAGAGUUCAGUUGGAAGUAUUAUGCAUUUGGAACCACCAAACAGCACGAGUGGGAUAACUACUUUAAGAGAGAGAUAGAUUAACACACUAAUAUAGCCUGUAGUUAGGUGGAUGAAUGGGGAGCAAUUUUAUGCUCUCACGUCUCCUUUUGGAAAGAUAAAAAUUCACCCCCAUACUCCGUUUGAUGGGAAUCUUAUGUACUACUUUUUCUUGUUAAAGAGUGUUGAGGAGUAGAAUACUAUACGGAGAGGAGACGAGAUGAGAUUAGUAAUGCAAGUUGUCCC